UUGUGUGUAUCAGGUUGACGUAAUGAAGAUGAUGUCAAGGAAGGAAUCAGUGCGGUGCUUAGCUUACUAUCAUCAUUCAAUGAUCUACUUUACUUGUUCUAUUAAUAUUUAUAUUCUUCUUCUCAUCUUCCUACUUUACUUUUUCUCUUUUUCUACCAUAAAUUUAUUAUUCCAUUCAACAUUAUUUCCCUUAUUCUCUUUCUGCUACUUCAUUCAACUAACUGCAAAUUUCUUCAUACCACUUCACCAUUCUCUCAAAAUCAGAUGGAGAGUUUCAUGCCUGAUUUGGCGAAGUCAUACGUAGAGAAAUUGAUUAAAGGGGCGUUGGUAGAAUCAAGUUAUAUAUGUUGCUUCACAUGCAUCGCUAAGGAUUUCGAAGAAGAAAAGGCUAGGUUGGUAUCAGAAAGCAAAACUAUCAAGGAACGUGUUGAAGUGGCAACCAAUAGAGGAGAAGAUAUUCAAAGUAAUGUUGAUUAUUGGGAAAAAGAAGCUGAUAAGCUCAUUCAAGAAGACACCAAAACAAACCAAAAAUGUUGUUUUGGAUUUUGUCCUAAUUGCAUAUGGCGAUAUAUAAGGGGAAAGGAACUAGCAAAUAAAAAGGAUCGUAUUAAAGAAUUAAUGAAAACUGGAAAGGAACUUUCAAUUGGACUCCCUGCUCGUCUUCCAGGUGUUGAAAGCAAUCAACCUCAAUUCUAUAUUUCUUUUAAAAGCAGAGAAUCCAUAUACAAUGAGCUUUUGGAUGCACUGAAAGAUGACAACAAUUAUAUAAUCGGGUUGCAAGGAAUGGGGGGCACAGGAAAAACUACAUUAGCCAUAAAAGUGGGUAACGAACUUGAGCAAUCCAAACAAUUUACUAAAGCCAUCAUUACGACAGUGUCAAAUUCUCCUGAUAUUAAAAAGAUUCAAGAUGAUAUUGCUGGACCCUUGGGAUUGAAUUUGAAUGACGAUAGUGAAUCAGACCGACCCAAAAAACUAUGGAAAAGAUUGACUCAAGGUGAGAAGAUUCUUCUAAUAUUGGAUGAUGUGUGGGGAGAUCUCGAUUUUAAGGAAAUAGGGAUUCCAUAUAAUGACAAUAACAAAGGUUGCAGAGUUCUUGUAACCACACGCCAAAUAUCGGUAUGCAACAGAAUGGGAUGCAAUAAGACGAUACAACUGGAGCUUUUAUCUGAAGAAGAUGCAUGGAACAUGUUCAAAAGGCAUGCUGGUCUAUGCAGCAAUUCAUCCAAAAGUUUGCUCGGUAAGGCUCAUAAAAUUGCAAAUGAAUGCAAAAGAUUACCAAUUGCAAUUGCUGCUAUUGCCAGUAGUUUGAAAGGAGAACAACGUCCGGAAGAGUGGGAUGCCGCCUUAAAAUCCUUGCAGAAACAUAUGUCCAUGCGCGGUGGUGAUGAUGGUGAUGAACUAGAUAAAAUUUAUAAAUGCUUGAAGUUUAGUUACGAUAAUAUGAAGAAUGAAAAGGCCAAGAGACUAUUCCUGUUGUGUUCUGUAUUUCAAGAAGAUGAAAAUAUUCCUAUAGAAAGGUUAACCAGAUUUGGCAUAGGAGCAGGAAUUUUUGGUGAAGAUUAUGAUAGCUACGAAGAUGCACGAAGUCAAGUAGUUAUAUCCAAAAAUAAACUGUUAGAUUCUUGUUUAUUAUUGAAAGCCAAUCAAGAAGAGAGUGUGAAAAUGCACGACUUGGUUCGUGAUGCUGCCCAAAGAAUAGCAAAGAAAAAGAUUCAAACAAUAAAUAUUUCUAAUAAAAAUGAAAAGGCAUUGGUUGAAAGGGAAAAUAAUAUUAAAUAUUUGUUAUGCCAAGGCAAGUUAAUGGACGUUCUUUCUUGCAAGUUUGGUGGUUAUGAGCUUGAAAUUCUAAUUGUCUACAUGCAUGAGGAUGGAGGUUGGGACAAUGUGAAUGUAGAAUUCCCAAAUACAUUUUUUGGAAAUAAUACAGGCCUUCGUGUUUUUCAUAUAUUGUUUGAUUUUAAUUUUUAUAAACCAACUUUACCAUUCAUACAAUCAAUCCAGUCGUUGAAGAAUAUUCGAUCAUUUCUUUUUGAGAAUGUCAAUUUGGGUGACAUCUCUAUUUUGGGAAACAUGCAUAGUCUUGAGACACUUGAUUUGGUUAGUUGUAAAAUUAAUGAAUUGCCACAUGGAAUUACAAAACUAGAGAAGCUAAGAUUGUUGAAUUUGGACUCUUGUGAAAUUCUAAGGAAUAAUCCAUUUGAAGUGAUUAAAGGAUGCUCAUUACUUGAAGAGUUGUAUUUCUUAUACAGUUUUAAUAUUUUUUGCCAAGAAAUAAGUUUUCCUAAAUUGAAAAUUUUUCAUAUCAAGGAUAAUUUUACAUCAAGGCAUUCACCAUUAAUUAAGUGUGUGUCUGUUAUAUAUUUUGAAAGGGUUCUAUCUGAAUCAACCCUCAAGUACUGUAUGCAAACAGCUGAGGUUCUUCAACUAAGAAGAAUCGAAAAGGGAUGGAGAAAUCUCAUGCCUGAGAUUGUUCCUGUAGAUCAAGGUAUGAAUAAUUUAGUUGAGCUUCUUUUACAUUGGAUUUCACAAUUACAAUUCCUUAUUGACACUAAGCUAUGUGAUUCUCAAGUACCAAAUGUGUACUCCAAAUUGGUUAUACUAGAUCUUUAUAAAUUAGAAAAUUUGGAAGAAUUGUGCAAUGGUCAUGUUUCCUUUGACUCUUUUGGGAGUUUAGAGAAGCUAUCGAUCAAGGCUUGUGAACAUUUGCAAAGCUUAUUUAAGUGCAAUCUUAACCUUUGCAAUCUAAAGAGCAUUUUAUUGGAGGAAUGUCCGAUGUUGAUCUCCUUAUUUCAACAGAAAAGUUCUCGUAGUCUAGUGUUGUUGGAGAAGUUGGAAUUAAUUGACUGCAAAAGACUUGAAUACAUAAUAAUAAAUGAAAGAAAAUGGGAGGAAUCAAGUGAUGAUGAUAAUGAUAGCAUGAGUCGUGGAUCAUUGUUUCCAAAAUUGAAAGUUCUUUAUAUUGAAAAGUGUCCUAAUUUUGAAUUAAUACUUCCAUUUCUCUCUGCUCAUGAUCUUCCGGCACUAGAAUCUAUCACAAUGCAAAGUUGUGAUAAGUUGAAAUACAUAUUUGGCCAAAAUGUCAAACUUGAUUCCCUAAAUCAAAUGAAGCUUGGUAGUUUACCAAAUUUUAUCGAUAUUUUCCCCCAAAUUUUUUCGUCUAUUAAGGAGCCAUCUUCCAUUUCUAGAGACACUUCCAAGUCACAAACACAAUCACUUCCUAUCAAAGGCAAUAUAUUUUCAUGGAUAAGUACUGCAUGUACUAAAAUACCGCCAACUUCUGACGAUGAACAGCAGGAUUGCUUAAUAUCAUCGGAAUCAAGUUCAUAUUGCCUCAACUAUAACAUAUGGGAACAUGUUCAAUGUUUUUCAAGACAAUCACAAAUCUUGUGCAAUAUUAAAGAUAUUCAACUGACUAAUAUUGCGAAGAUAAAAUCAGUAUUUAUCUUGUUUAUUGUUCCAAGAAUGUUGCUGGAAACAUUGACAAUUGAGAAUUGUGAUGAAUUGAAGCACAUCAUAAUAGACACUGAAGAUCAUGACAGUUGUAAUAAUAAUUUGGGCAAUGUCUUACCGAAAUUGAAAAAUCUCAAUGUUAGAAAUUGUGUGGAAUUGGAAUACAUAUUUGGACAUUAUGUUGAUGAUCAUCAAAACCACAUUGAGAUUCACAUUCAUCUUCCAGCAUUGGAAUGUCUCGUGCUUCAGAAUCUGCCAAGUUUAGCCGCCAUGUGUUCCAAACAAUAUCACAUAACAUUUCCACCUUUGAAAGAACUUGAAUUCCAAAAAUGUGAUGAUGUUGCUUUCAAAUCUAUUGGCGAUUUCUUAACUCAUCAUUCGAUUACAAGAUCUGUAGACCGUACAACCAUGAAGGAGUUGAGUGGGAACGUGGAGUAUUUUCAGAAAUUGGAAAUACUUGAUUUAAGUGACUCCAAAAUAGGAUAUAUCUUUUGGCUCGAUGAAAUAGAUGGACAAGAAAUGAAUACAGGGUUGACAUAUAUUAGCUUAUAUAAUAUGUCUGGUAUGACAUGUCCUUUUGUGGGUCCCAAAAACUAUAUUUUCCUCAAAAGUCUUACACAGUUAGUUAUAAUGCAUUGUAAAAAAUUGGAAAUUGUUUUCUCCACAUCUGUAUCAAGAUGCCUACCACAACUGCAAUAUUUAACAAUAAAAGAAUGCAAAGAGUUGAAGCAUAUUAUUGAAGAUGAUUUGGAGAAUAAAAAGUCCUCAAAGUUUCCGUCUACAAACCCAUGCUUCCCAAAGUUAGAAUUGCUUUAUGUAGUAAACUGCAACAACUUGAAAUGUAUCUGUCCAAGCUCCAUGUGUAAAGACUUUCCUAAAUUAUAUCACAUUGAUGUUGAAGAUUGCGUGCAAUUGGAAUACAUAGUUGGACCCUACAGUGAUGAUCAUCAAAACCACACAGAGAUUCACAUUCAUUUUCUAGCAUUGGAAUAUCUCUAUCUUGUCAAUCUGCCAAGUUUAGUAGCCAUGUGUCCCAAACAAUAUGGCACAACAUUUCCAUGUUUGAAACUCCUUAAACUCAAUAAUUGCUCCAAGGUUGAUAUUAAAUCUAUUGGUGAUUUCAUAACUCCUCAUUCGUUAACAAGAUCUAUGGACGGUGCAUCCAUGAAGGAAUUGAGUGGGAAGAUGGAUCAUGUAAAUGAAAAGCAGAUGAACAUAAAGUUAGAAAAUAUUAAGUUGCAUACUCUGGCUUUGAUGACGUCUCUUUUUUUGGGUCCCAAAAACUCUUUUGCUCUCCAAAACCUAAGAAACAUAAAUAUAGUGCAAUGUGAAAAAUUGGAAAUAAUUUUUUCUAAUUCUAUUUUAAGAUGCCUACCACAAUUGCAAAGUCUAAUAAUAGAAGAAUGCAAAGAGUUGAAGCAUAUCAUUGAAGAUGAUACGGAGAAUCAAAAGACGUCAAAUUCCAAUUCCUUGUGUUCAAGAACAUGCUUUCCAAAGCUAGAAGCACUUGCUGUAGUAAAGUGCAACAAGUUGAAAUCUGUCUUUCCAGUCUCAAUAUGUAAAGAGCUUCCUGAGUUAAAGGUUCUGAUGAUAAAAGAAGCAAAUGAGCUAGAGGAAAUAUUCAAAAGUGAAUGUGAUAAUCAGAAAGUGGAGGUUCCAAAUCUGAAAAUUGUAGCAUUUGUUAACCUACCAAGCCUUUGCCAGAACCAAGGAAUUCAAUUUCAGGCUGUAGAGAAUCGUUUUGUACAGAACUGUCAAAACCUCUCUCUCACUUGUGAUUCAACAACCGACAGUAAAAUCAAUAUCUUCCAUAUUUCCUAUUCCAACUUAGAUUAUGAAACUUGUUUAAUUUUGGAGAGUCUAUUUGCACAAUUACAAGAAGAGUAUGAAGGCAGUGAUACUGGUAGUGAAGGUCCAAGUACAAAAACCACUAAAGAUUUUGCAGCUGAGAUUGAAGUUGAAGCAGCAUCAGAACACAAGCUGACUUUUUCACAGGAGUUGAUGAAUGAACAAUUAAUGGAUCCACUUGGAGAAAUUGAUAAUACCGUGAAACCUUCUCAGUUUUUGAAAGAAAUAGAGGACAGUUCUACAUCCGAAAAAUGUGUAGCAGCAACUUUGUCCACCAUUUCAGAAACAAAGAAUGACUCACCUAUACAAUUAGUUGCUUCUAAACAAAAGGAUACCGAGAUAAGUGUUGAAGAAGGAACUACAUUAACACCCUCAACUCAUUUAAUAUUAGAACAAGAUGUUGAUGUCAUAGACUCUGUGGAAACUACUAAGACUAAUAAUGAUAAAGUUUCUGUAAUUGAUGAUGCUGUCAUGAAAGUAAGCUCCAUCAUUGAGAAACACUUUCCUAAGGAUGAUGUUACUACAGUUUCAGAAUCUAAGCCCUCUCCUAGCAAUAGUAUUCCUUUGUCUCUUGCAUUUCAAACUCCUUCUGAAGGGAACCCUUCUCAAAUAGUGCAAGACUUGAGUUCUACUUCUCUAGUCACUUGGGAGCUUGAGCAACUAGUCUCCAAUAAGCAUUUGAAUUAUGAGAACUUGUCUGUGUUGACUGAUUUCCUUGUAAAGCAUCCUUCAGUUCUUUUAAGAGACAGUUCAGUGAGUAACAGAUACAAGGGUUAUGCCUACAACUGUCUAGCUGAGCUAUUAAAAUUCCUCCAAACACAUAGUGUGUUGGAUGUGUUAGGCUCAAGCCACUCUGAAUUUGUUGAGUUAUUACAAGAUAUGCGCAGAUUUGCCUUUGAUAAGGAUUGGUUGGAUGAUGUUGAAAAGCGUGCUUUGUUUCCUAAUUUACAAUUCUCUCAAGAUGCAUUGCAAAAACUAUUGGAUUCCCAACAACGUGUCACUAAGGAAGUUGAAGAGAUACGUUUGAAGAUAAACAUUUUUACUCAACAUGUGGGAGAUCUUAAGAAACAAUUGGCAUCUUAUGAAGCAUUUUUGGAGACUAUCAUGCAAGAGAAGGCAAAAGUUUUAGAAACCAAGGCUGCUUUAAGUUCACCUAUUGGCUAUUAGAAUAUUUUUCCUUGCAUUCUUUUACUGUUGCAUGCGUCUUUUAUCCUUAAAUGUUGUUUAUCUCUCGGUAGUUUCUUCUUUUCUCAUUCGAAAUACUAUCUUAUUAUUAUGUUUGUGUAUUUUAAAAUUAUUGUUGAUCAUUGUAUUUAUUUUAUGUUGAUGGAGUA